CACUCGGCGCUGGCCGACAUCAUUGGCGCCUACCCCUUCCGCAGCGGCCUGUCAGAUGAAGAGGUGGCCCGGGAGCGGGCGCUGCGCGAGUCCUUCACAGACUUCCUCCUAGGCGUGCUGGAUGUCAACCCCUCCACCCGCUGGACCCCCCGCCAGGCGGCGCAACACCCCUUCAUCACAG